CCACACGGCAACCACCCCGCAUCAUACACACGCAUAGUAUACGCAACCGCAGCCCACCCGUACCUCCCCCGCCGCCCCAACAGCCGCCAUGGCCUCCGAGGCUCGCAAGGCCGCCGCCGCAGCGCGCCCGCCUCCCCGCGACUUCCUCGCCCACCUCGAGGACUACCUCGCCCGCCGCGACGGCGUCGACAAGCUCCUCAAGAUCUCACGCUACGCCGCGCGCCUCGCCCUCGCCGCAGGGCCGCUGCCCCCGCCGGCCUCCGCGCGCCUCAAGUCCUUCGAGUCCAGCCUCGGCCUCAGCCGCAAGGCCUUCCGCCUCGGCAAGUUCGUCCAGGACGUCAACGCCCUCCGCGCGCACCCCGGCCCCCUCCCUCCGCCCUUCGUGCUCCUCGCCUACGGCGGCGAGGGCGUCUACUACUUCAUCGAGCAAUUCGUCUGGCUUGCCAAAGCUGGCCUCCUCCCGGCGCACCUCCUCCCCCGCCUCCAGCGCCUCAGCGCCUGGGCCGAGCUGCUGGGCUACGUCGGCUCCAUCACCAUCAAGCUGGAAGAGGUGACGAAGAUGGAGUCUUCGAUCAAGAUGCGGCUGGCGGAGGGUUGUGGGGAGGAGAACGAGGCGGUGAGGACGAUGCGGGGGAAGCUGCUGCUGAAGCGUCUGUCCGUUGUGCAGGACGUGGCGGAUGCCUUCAUGGCGCUAGGGGACGUGACUAACGGGAAGGGGUUGCUCGGUAGUUCCACGCUGACGGCGUCCGCCGGAUUGCUGUCGGCGCUGAUCAGCACGCACAAGAACUGGAAUUCUUGCUGAAGUCCCAAGGCUCUGAUGGAAGGCCUCUUGACCCUCUGCUACCAGGGGCGAGGUCUGAGUGACGUAGGGAUAAGUAGGUACUAUGGAGCUGUACGGUACUGUUACUCUGAUCACUUAGCUGAUUACUUAUCAGAGUUUAUAGUUUAUAGCAAUUGUUCCUCGAGUUAAGAGUAAGACAGCUGGUAUCCUGGGUAUGUGCUAAGAUUUCUUGGUUUGAGUAAGGUGUGACAAUAAUUUUUAUUUCAUUUCAUUUCUAGUAGCUAAGCAAGUCCACAUCAUAAUUGUAGGCAGUGAACCCUAAUUAGUUAUGUAUUCAUUUCUUUGAACAAAUUGUUUAUAAGUAUCAAAGUACGACAGUGAUCAUAGCAUAAAUGAUUUUAUCAGCAGUGAACAGAAAAAACGCCUCUUAUGGUUCACAGCAACAAAUUACUAUUUUCUUAUAAUCCGAUAUUUUUGCAUUUACUGUAAGCU